CCAAAGCUGAGCCUCCCCGCUUGGGUGACCGCCAGCCGCAAAGCUGCUGUCCACGUGGACUGGUGCGGAGCUCUCCCGUCCGGCUGCUGCCAGAACCUCUUCAGCCAAACCCAGAGACAUGGCCACCAAUGGCACCAAGGUGGCUGACGGACAGAUCUCCACCGAAGUGGAUGCUUCCAUCACCAACGACAAGCCUAAGACCUUGGUAGUAAAAGUGCAGAAGAAGAAGACGGAUCUCCCAGACCGAGACACUUGGAAAGGAAAAUUUGACUUUCUUAUGUCCUGUGUAGGUUAUGCCAUUGGCUUAGGGAACGUGUGGAGGUUUCCAUACCUUUGUGGGAAGAAUGGUGGAGGUGCGUUCCUGAUUCCCUAUUUCCUCACUUUAAUUUUUGCUGGAGUGCCACUGUUUCUUUUGGAGUGUUCCCUUGGUCAGUAUACAUCUAUAGGAGGCCUUGGGGUAUGGAAGCUUGCUCCAAUGUUCAAAGGUGUGGGAUUAGCUGCUGCAGUCCUUUCCUUCUGGCUAAAUAUUUACUACAUUGUGAUUAUUUCCUGGGCCAUAUACUACCUGUAUAAUUCCUUUACUAGUACUCUUCCUUGGAAACACUGUGAGAACCCAUGGAACACUGACCGCUGCUUCUCCAACUACACCUUAGCAAACACCACCAACAUGACAAGUGCCGUGGUGGAAUUCUGGGAGCGCAACAUGCACCAAAUGACUGAUGGAUUGGAAAAACCAGGGCAAAUCCGAUGGCCACUAGCAAUUACUCUAGCAAUUGCCUGGAUUCUGGUGUAUUUUUGUAUCUGGAAGGGGGUAGGCUGGACUGGAAAGGUGGUAUAUUUCUCUGCUACUUAUCCCUAUGUUAUGCUGCUUAUCUUGUUCUUCCGUGGUGUAACACUGCCUGGAGCAAAGGAAGGCAUUUUAUUCUAUAUAACUCCCAACUUCAGUAAGCUUUCAGACUCUGAGGUUUGGCUGGAUGCUGCCACACAGAUUUUCUUCUCCUAUGGUUUGGGUCUUGGUUCACUGAUUGCCCUUGGAAGUUACAACCCUUUCCACAAUAAUGUUUACAGGGACUCCAUCAUAGUGUGCUGCAUAAACUCAUGCACAAGCAUGUUUGCUGGCUUUGUCAUCUUCUCCAUUGUUGGAUUCAUGGCUAAUGUCACAAAGAGGCCUAUUGCAGAUGUUGCAGCAUCAGGCCCUGGACUGGCAUUUCUAGCUUACCCAGAAGCAGUGACACAGUUACCAAUUUCUCCUUUGUGGGCAAUACUCUUCUUCUCCAUGUUGCUUAUGCUCGGAAUUGACAGUCAGUUCUGCACUGUAGAAGGAUUCAUAACAGCUUUGGUGGAUGAAUUUCCGAAGUUACUGCGCAAUCGAAGAGAACUCUUCAUUGCUGUUGUGUGCAUCGUUUCCUAUCUGAUAGGGCUCUCCAAUAUUACUCAGGGUGGAAUCUAUGUGUUUAAGCUUUUUGACUACUACUCUGCCAGCGGAAUGAGUCUCUUGUUCCUUGUAUUCUUUGAGUGCAUCUCAAUAUCCUGGUGCUAUGGUGUUAAUAGAUUUUAUGACAACAUCCAAGAGAUGGUGGGAUACAGACCCUGCAUCUGGUGGAAACUCUGCUGGUCAUUUUUCACUCCUAUCAUCGUGGCAGGAGUAUUUCUCUUCAGUGCUGUCCAGAUGACUCCGCUCACAAUGGGAAGUUAUGUUUUCCCAAAAUGGGGCCAAGGGGUUGGCUGGUUCAUGGCUUUGUCUUCUAUGGUGCUGAUACCAGGCUAUAUGGCAUAUAUGUUUCUAACCCUGAAAGGCUCCUUAAAACAGCGCAUCCAAGUAAUGAUUCAGCCAAGUGAAGACAUCACUCAUCCUGAGAGCGGGCCAGACCAGGCCCAACAGAGCAACUCUGCAAACAAAGAAGCCUACAUCUAACCUUCUGUAUUGUAAAAGUACCAAUACUACUCCAGAAAAACAAAAAAUAUGGUUGAAUAUGACCACAAAUUUAUGUCUGAGAAUAUAAUUACAUACCUCUAGUG